UUCCCAGAAACCCUGGCAAUCUCCCCUGCUCUUGCAUCAUGUGCUUGGUAUAAAGCACCAGCCUUUGUGCGCAUGUUCCUCUGCCUCUCUGUGUGUCGUCGCUCCUCAUCCAUUGGCUCUCCUCUCUCCUCUCUCCACACCAGACCACCCUGCACACAACCACAGUGUGUGCAUCCAACCCACGCUGCCUUGAACCAGCUUCCCACACUGCUGCUGCUGUCUUCUGUAAAAUAAAAUAAAAGAAAAAGAAAGACAUGGAGAAGAAGAGUGAGAUCAACGGGCACGCCAUGCCCAGCUCUGCAUCCACAGACCGGAUCGUGGAGGAGAAGAUGAAGAAGAAGAGGAGCUUCAUGGAGAAGCUGCUGGAGUUCCUGAGGAAGAACCUGCUGGUGAUCAUGACUGUCUCCGGGGUGCUGGUGGGCGUCCUGCUCGGUUCGAUGGUCCGCAACAUGAACCUGACCAGAGCUCAGAUGACCUACUUCGCUUUCCCCGGAGAGAUGCUCCUGAGGAUGCUGAAGAUGAUCAUCCUGCCUCUGGUGGUCUGCAGCCUCGUCUCCGGAGCAGCCAGCCUGGAUACUCGCUCUCUGGGUAAAUUGGGAGGCAUCGCGGUGGGCUACUUCCUGGUGACCACGUUGAUCGCCUCUGGGAUCGGAGUGUCUCUGGCUUUCAUCAUCAAACCAGGAGUGGGAGCAGGAUCCCUGAGUCUGGGACUGGAGAGCAUCAGCAAAAACAAGGAGACUGCAGACUCCUUUCUGGAUCUGGCCAGGAAUUUAUUCCCGGCGAACUUGGUGGCUGCUGCUUUCCGUUCUUAUGCCACCGACUACAAGAUGGUUGCUGUAGGGAACGACACCAACGGGACAGCCCUCUAUCAGAAGGUGCCUAUUGGUACAGAAACAGAUGGCAUGAACAUCCUGGGUCUGGUGCUAUUUGCCAUGGUGUUUGGUGUGGCGCUGAGGAAGCUGGGAGAAGAGGGGGAAGAACUCAUUCGAUUCUUCAAUGCUUUCAACGAGGCCACCAUGGUGCUGGUGUCCUGGAUCAUGUGGUAUAUCCCUUUUGGUAUCAUGUUCCUGGUGGGCAGUAAGAUUGUGGAGAUGGAAGAUGUGGUUAUUCUGGUCACUAGUCUGGGGAAAUACAUCUUUGCUUCAAUCCUUGGCCACAUUAUCCACGGAGGCAUCGUCCUGCCCCUCAUCUACUUUGCCUUUACGCGCAAGAACCCCUUCAGUUUCCUGUCAGGCCUCAUCACGCCCUUCACAACUGCCUUCGCCACCUGCUCCAGUUCAGCAACUCUUCCAUCUAUGAUAAAAUGUGUUGAGGAGAACAACGGUGUGGACAAACGCAUCAGCCGCUUCAUCCUUCCCAUCGGGGCCACUGUCAACAUGGACGGGGCGGCAAUAUUCCAGUGCGUUGCUGCCGUCUUCAUCGCUCAGCUCAACAACUUUGAGCUGAACGCUGGACAGAUCUUCACCAUCCUGGUGACAGCCACGGCCUCAAGUGUCGGUGCAGCAGGCAUCCCAGCCGGCGGCAUCAUUACCAUCGCCAUCAUCCUGGAGGCCAUCGGCCUGCCGACCAACGACCUGUCCCUCAUGCUGGCUGUUGACUGGAUUGUGGAUCGUACCACCACAGUGGUGAAUGUGGAGGGCGACGCUCUGGGUGCUGGGAUCCUCCACCACAUCAACCAGCAGGAGAUGAAGAAGAAGCAGCAGCAGGAAGCGGAGCUGGCGGAGGUCCGGGUGGAGGCGGUGGCCAACAUCCAGGCGGAGGAGGAGACCUCGCCGCUCGUCACGCACCAAACGAAAGCCUCAGCGGGCAUGCCGGAAGCCAUCGAGUCUGUCCUGUGAACUCAGCAAGACUUUUUUUUCUUGCCACCCCUGACCUUUUGAUCUUUCGGUACUUCUGAUGUUGCUGCUGACGGGACGCCGUUCUGACUCGGUGUCCAUUCAAAAAACAAGGUCACUGAUGGUUUCAACUGUGAGGAAAAACAAAACGUGCCAAUUUAACAGUCUGUCUCAGAGCGUAGACAGUCUACAGUGUACCUAGCGAUACUGUUGUGUCACUGGGUUUCCAUCUGAAAAUCUUAAUGCAGAUUAGGAUAUGAUGAAUUUGAGAAGUCAAUCUAGCUAAAAGUUUUUUAUUUUCACUUAAUGUUUUUAAAUUUCAAUUAAGGCAUUUUGCGAUAAACAGUGAUGGAAACACAUUAUGUGUACAAUAUCCCUAAAACAUUCCCAUAAAUGUCGUAGUUGUGUUUGUCUGAUGUGCUGUAUGAGAUGCUCACAGCCAUAAGUUUGUACAUUAGAGCAUCAUCAAGUGCAUUUCUUUGUUUUUAUCUUCAGACAGCAAAUACAACGACCAACAUUAACCAUAGAACACUAACAACCUGCCAAACGCUGACAAGUCAAAGUGUCUAACACAUGCUUGACCUUGUCUGUCGUAACUUAAUUACACAAUCGCCUGUUCAAUCACUUCAACUGAGCUGGUGGAAACAUAGGUAUUUGCAUUUAAUUUGUUCAGCUCUUUCACUUUACAGUCUUUACUGGAUGUAAACAGCAAAUUGUGUCUUUCAAAAGUCUAAUCAGAUUGAAAAAGAGAACUGUUUGGUGCCAGGUUUAAAUUUGUCAUAAUUCAGAGCGACGUUUCAGCAGAAAAUGUCAAACAUUAACCCUUCAAAUGACAGGUUAAGAAUUUGGCUUCAUAGGCCUACAACCUGUUUAUCUAGUGACACACUGGUCCAGUAUGGUGACGCAUUUUGAACAUUGGACCAUUUUAAAUAGUGUGUUUACAUGGUCUUACUCAUGUGGGAAAACCCAUUGAUACGCGUUAUAUCCCUCCGACUAAUCCUAUUUAUCCUUGAGUAAACAGAACAUUGAGGUUAUUUAGAGUCUAACCUUGGUUCUCUAAUACCAUGGAAAAAUUCCUCACAAAAAGCCAACUGCAAACAUGAUAAGGUACUUAACCUGCCUUCGUUUCCCAGCUGAUAUCAACAGUUUCCAAGCCUUGAGUCUGUGUACUAAAGGCUACACCAUACAAAUAGAAUAGGAGUAGAACAAACAUUGCUAUUCAAAUCAAUGUAGCAGGAUGGUCAGAGCGGCGGCCAUGUGUUUCAUUGCCACCACGACUGUUGUAGUGGACUGACUUCCGUAUAAACUAAACCGACAUGCGGCAAGUCGCAGACUCACUGAGGUGAGGUUUUGCAGUAAUGGCAGUGGAGUAGUAACGUUACGAGUCAAUGAGUGUAAAUGAGUAAAAUUUAACAACUUAAUGUUUCCUUCACACACUCAUUACUAUCGCCACAUGAGUGACAACUUAGGCUCAUUUUUUUGUAAGCAGUGUAGCAUUCAAGCAUGGUGGCGUUAACAAGCUAGCCAGCUAACAAGCGAGCGGACUUGCUGGCUAGUUAGCUUUUGGGCUAAUUCUACCAUUCUUUAAUGCUACACUGGGUGCAGAAAAUGAGCCGAACCUACUACGCCCGACCCCCCGGAAAAAGGGGCUACGUAUAGCUGCGUCCGCUCUCUUCCCGGGGAGUUACGACAACCCUUUUACGGCCCACUGACGUGUGUUCUAUUGUCACCAUAAUACCUAACAAUCACCUUUUGUACUAAUCAAAUUAACACGGAAAACAGUUUAAUGACCCUUCUACUCCUAUUUUACUUCUAGGGGCUACACACCGAACACCUUGACGUUUUCAGAAGUUGCGAACUUCAUUUGCAGUUUUUGAAUUGGGCGAGUUAGCUGUGUUAAUUUGUGUGGGUUAGCAUCUUUCUAACCUAUUUGUUAUGAAAUACUUUCUAACAAAACAUUAAUGAUCUGAUUUAUUUAUAAAAGUAGCUGGUAGCUUUGUUGCUAAUUGCUUUUGAGAAAUACAUUACCAAGGAAUCGGCUAGCUAGUUUGUUUUGGGCUUUGUUUGCCAGCUAAUUAGCCAACUAACUAACAAAACAUGCAGCUAUCGGUUGGCUAUGAUUAUGAUCUUAUUUCUGUUUGCGUAGCUAAUAUUUUAGGUGUUUAGACCAAGUUGUGGUUAGCUACCCUGAUAUUUGUGUAAGAUAGCAAUUGUAACAAACUAAACAGACAGUAUGAAAAGAUGAUGAAAAGAUAAGCUCCCAGUCAAAAACAGAACAGAAAUAAAUAUGUCCUGUUGAGAUAGCAAACUACGUAAAUGCAACCUGCUAUUGUCGUCCAAAAGCUGAAGACCUCCAACAUGGUGGAGAGUUAUUUGGGUCGUGUCUAGAAGAUAACCCCCAAAUUGCCCAAACUUGCAAAAAACUCUUGCGAGACUCCGUGCCUGAUGACCUAUCCUUAAUCUUAACCAUUCAAGGUCAAUGCCUAACCUUAACCAUCUCGUAAAAAGUUUCGCAAUUUGUGCUUUAACUUCAAGACGCGACCAGUUUUUUGAAGGCAUGAUGAGCUAAUUGGAUUCUGUUAAAGAACUGUUAAUCAAACAUUAGUUUGCAAGUACUGUAAACACACUUGUCUGUCUGACAUCGUAAAAACACUCCAGUCUAUAAAAAGCAGAUAAUCAAUGUAUGGUUGUCAGUUAAGUUCAGUAGUUUAGGAUUAAGAAAUCAGCAAAUCCACAAGGAAUUCACACAAAAAUCUAAUGUUUACACACAAAUACUGGACCAAAAUGCACGAUGACUUCACAUCAUACUGUAUAUCAUUACUUUGCGUAUCCAUUCUGUGAUUUUAGAGUGUUUUUUCUCUGUAGAGUUUGGAAGUUAUAAUGAUGUUUGUUAAUAUCUAAUUGUUUUAAAA